CAGGACCCUGAGAUCAUGACCUGUGCUGAAGGCAGAGGCUUAACCCACUGAGUCACCCAGGUGCCCCGAGAUGGGAGCACUUUUAACCCUAUAAAGGCUGGCUGUUUCCAGGCCACGGGAGGGCGUGUAGUGAGGCUAUCCAGAGCCGCUGGGGUUCAGGCUGGCCCCUGGCCACUGGCCCCGUCUGGCUGGGGCACGAUGCCCUACUCUGGGCAGCUGAGUAAGAGCGGGGCCCUCCGAGGACAGUCUUUCCUCUGUUGGUGGGCCGGCCAGUGGGUCAGUGGGAAGGGUGAAGGUCAUGGGGCUUGGGGGGGGGGUGGAUCUGGGUGAGGAGUUCAGCCUCACUCCUUGAUAAUCUUUCCAGGUGGCGCCUUUCUGCUAGAGCAGCCCCCUGAUACCAGGGCACUCAUUAACCCUCUGGGUGCCAGGGAAGGGCAGGAGGUGAGCCCUAGGAGGCAGCUGAGGUCAGCCGUCUUUGAACCUCCACGUGGUAUUUACUCAGGGUAGUUGUUGCCAGAGGCCCAGGCCCCUGGAGUAUAAAGCCGAAUGUCUGCUCUCUGUGCCCAGAACUGAGCAGACAACAGCAAGCAUGGUUGCGGUUCUGACCUGGGCUCUGGCUCUGCUCUCAGUGUUUGCAACUGUUCAGACACAGAAAGGCUUUUGGGACUACCUCAGCCAGAGCAGCAGGGACAAAGGCAAGACCGCGCGGGUCCAGCAGCAGAAGCUGGCAUGGGAACCCACGAGUCUGAAAGACAGCCUUGAGCAAGACCUCAGCAAUUUGGACAAGUUUCUGGACAAGCUGGGGCCUCUCAGCGGGCAGGCGAGGGAGUCUCCUGGGCUCCCACACGACCCUGUGGGCAUGCGGCAGCAGCUGCAGGAGGAGCUGGCGGAGGUGAGGGCGCGCCUGGAGCCCUACAUGGCGGAGGCGCACCAGCAAGUGGGCUGGAAUCUGGAGGGCUUGCGGCAGCAGCUGAAGCCCUACACCGUGGAGCUGAUGGAGCAGGUGGCACUGCGCGUCCAGGAGCUGCAGGAGCAGUUGCGCGUGGUCGGAGAGGGCACCAAGGCUCAGCUGCUGAGCGGCAUGGACGAGGCGCGGGGCCUGCUGCAGGAGCUGCAGAACCGCGUGGUUCAUCACACCGGCCGUGUCAAGGAGCUCUUCCACCCCUAUGCCCAGCGUCUGGUGACCGGCAUCGGGCGCCACGUCCAGGAGCUGCAUCGCAGCGUGGCUCCGCAUGCCGUAGCCAGCCCCGCGCGCCUCAGCCGCUGCGUGCAGACGCUCUCGCGCAAGCUCACGGUCAAGGCCGAGGCUCUGCACGCGCGCAUCCAGCAGAACUUAGACCAGCUGCGGGAUGAGCUCAGCGCUUUUGCCGGAGCUGGCGAUGACGGUGCGGAGGAAGGGGCCAAUCCCGACCCCCAGAUGCUGUCCCAGGAGGUGCGCCAGCGACUCCAGGCUUUCCGCCACGACACCUUCCUGCAGAUCGCCGACUUCACCCGUGCCAUUGACCAGGAGACCGAGGAGGUUCAGCUGCAGCUGGCACCGCCCCCACCAGGUCACAGUGCCUUCGCCCCAGAGUUUCUCCAAGCUGAGAGCAGCGAGGCCCGGAGCAAGCUGCAGGCCCGUCUGGAAGACCUGUGGGAAGACAUCAACUACAGCCUUCAUGACCGUGGUCUCAGUCAUCUAGAAGAGCCCUGAGAGUCUACUCACCCAGACUCAUUUCCUGGCUCCUUGUCUAAGCCCAGGAUCUGAGCCCCUGGCGUAGCUCAGUCCUUGAGCGUGGCCUGUUGGGCAGAGGGUGGAGGGCCCUGCACAGGAUAGGCGAGGUCACCCAAGGGGACUGUUGUCCCUGGCAAUCCAGUCUCCUGCGAUUCCCCCAUCCAGAUGCAUUACACUCACCAGGCUUUGCAAACCCAGCUUCCCGUGUUCAUUUGGGAAUCCUCAUGAGUUACUCCAUUCCAGGAUGGUGGGAGUGGGGAGGGAGAAAGGCACUCUGUGCGCAGGUAAUUAGGAGCAAUGCAAGCCUGUUGCCAUGGUGCUGGAAGCCUGGGCCUCUUCUUCCUGGGGCUUGACUCUGAUCCCUUCUGGCCCCCUGGUGGCCACUGCUACCGCUGGUCUAGGGGAGAGGAGCUCUUUUCUCCCCAGGGCUGCCAUGACAGCUUCUUUUGGGGGAAGAGAAGGGAGAAAGGAGGAAAAUAUGAUGAGAGCGUGUGAAGAUGUGCACAUGUUAUCUCUGCUGGCUCUGAUGCCAGUGGGUACAAAUGGUGGGGGUUGCGAUGGGAGGGAGCAGAGCCUGCAUUUUCCUUCCAUAACUCUACAUCUAAACAGCUGACCAAGCCCUCCAUACUGUGGGGGCUUCUUAAAGCCUCGGGGAAGCAUACUGUGUGUCCUCUCCAUCUGGGGCCCCUCACUUCUGACUUCCAGGCUGAAGCCUAGACUUCUGAUUCAUGAAAUAGAGGCAUAUGGUGGAAGCUUACUUGCCUGGUGUGACUCUUAUUUGAGCCAUGUCUAAAAGCAGUGACCUUACCACUAUUCUCCAAAGCACACUUAUCACUCACUCAUUCCAACCCCUCAAUGCUCUGUCUCAGGGACCCUCUCCCAGUCCAGGUCUGCCAGAGGGUCCUGACUCUGGUCAGACUCUGCCUUAGAUGACGGCUGUCCGCCAUGCCUGGGUGUGAGCCUGGCUUAGAAACCCUUCCUCUGCACCUGCAUUGCUCACCCACCUUCCCAUAGGAAAGUGUGUAUGAAGUGCAGGCUCUUGAGGUGGCCUGUCUCCUUUGUUCCUGUGGUUCCAGAUUUUGAAUGGCCCCCUUAUGACCGACACUCUUCUUGAGAACUCCAAAUCUUAAACUCCCCAAUUCCCCAUGUACAAACUCACUUGGGGGCAACAAAGGUCCACAUAGAUCCCUCUGGGAACUGUGAAAUCGGGGAUGGGUGAAGUGGAGUGGAAGAGGAAAGGGUAUAUGCACCCUGUCCAGUGCCUUUGGAAGGUCCUGUCCAGCACCCUUUCCUCUGCUUGCAGCCUGCCCUGCACAGGGUUCUCAGCACCCCAUAUGAAUCUGGCCUGAUUGUGCCUGCAGGCUGGAGCUCUUCCUGACACCCUGGAUUUAGCACCAGAACUGGGUGAGAGGUGCCCAAGGAAAGGAGAUACCGGAAAGGAAAGUUUAACCACAAAAAGAGGUGUGUUUUUUGUUGUUAGGAAACUGAGGGGUGAGUCAGCUGGGGUUUGAUGUGCUGGGGAUGUUGGGGUGGGAGUAAAAAUGAGGACUGCGUUAUUUGAGGCUGGAAUUUGGACACGUGUUUAGGAGGGCAGAAAUGAGUGAAAACAGAAAAGGAAAGAAUGCUUGAGGGACUGAGGGAGGGGAAUCAAAAGCCGAAGCAACGUCUGGCCCAACAGUGGAUGGGAGCCUGAGCCAGGUGCGGAGCCCACCUCCUCAGGGAUACCGAGGGACAAGCCAAGCCCCUUGCCAUCGUCUCCUGUAGUCAGAUUUAUGGACCAAUGGUUAGAACCCUGUAGAAUGGAGCUAUUGCGAAGGAGCGAAACAGUGCCUUGGGUCUGAGAGGACGUCCUGGGGGAAGUAACGCCUGAACUGAGGUCGAGGCAAAGCGUGAAUCUGGCUCGCUUUGGAAGUCUGGAUCACAGAAUCCCAGCAACGCAGA